UUUGUUUAUAAAAGGGUUUCUUUUGGUCACAAGAAAGUAACAAGAAACUUAAUUAGUGGAAAAAUAUCUUUGAAGAAAACAUGGUGUCCAAAGCUGUGAUCAACUCAAUGCUUGUGCUUAGGAUAAUCACACUUGCAGCCUCAGUAACAACCGUGGCCUUACUUGUUACUAACACUGCCAAAUUUGAUGAUGAUACAAAUAUGAAAUUUCAAGACCUCAUUUCAUACAGGUUUGUAGUCGCUGUUGCAGCAAUUGCUGGUGCAUAUUGUAUAGUGCAGCUACCAUUUUCCAUAUACUAUGCUGUUCAGCAGAAGAGAUUGAUACGCAAUGGAUUCUUGCCAGAAUUUGACUUCUAUGGAGACAAGGUAAUAAGUGCGCUUUUGGCCACAGCCAUUGGUGCAGGUUUUGCAAUUUCGAUCGAAUUUAAAAGGUUCUUCGACCAAAUAUUUGACGCAUCGGGUGUUUCAAAGGACGAUGCAACGAGGAGCACAAACAAUAAGUUUUAUGUUCGUGGAAUUGUUGCUUCAAGUGUUCUUUUAGUUGCAUUCCUUGCCAUGUUUGUGGUUUCUGUCCUUUCCUCCUUCAAUCGAAACAAAAAAGGCAUUUUUGGGUGAUGACAACAAAUCAAUUGAAGUAGAGAUACUAAUAAAUACUUGUUAGAUGAAUUUUUCAUGUAAUUUGUUCUGA